CAGAAGCCCUCUCCUCUCUAUAGGUCUCUUGCUACCUUCAUUUCAUUGUAUUUGUAUUCAUCUUGAAGCUACCAGAAGCAUGUCUAUUGUGGAGGUGAGAGUUCCAAACCUUGAUUGUGAAGGAUGUGCUUCCAAGGUAAAGAAAGCUCUCUUCAAACUCAAAGGUGUGGAGGAGGUGGAAAUAGAAAUGGAGAUCCAGAAGAUAAUUGUGAGAGGGUAUGGGUUGGAGGAAAAGAAAGUGGUGAAGGCAAUUAAGCGAGCUGGAAAAGCAGCAGAGCCAUGGCCCUUUCCUGGAUACUCUCAUUUUGCCUCAUUUUACAAGUACCCUGCCUACAUUGUCAACCAUUAUUAUGACACGUACAAAAAUGAAACCACCACCGGCGUACACACCUUCUUCCACACUCCAUCAGUUUAUUCGGUCGCCGUGGCAUCCGAUGAGGCCAUUGCUUCGCUUUUUAGCGACGACAAUCCACAUGCCUGCUCCAUCAUGUGAUUAAUUGUUUCAAUUUUGAGCAGUUCUUAUUGUUAAUCUUUAAUUUGUUAUCUUGUAAUUUUGUACCUGUUUUUGAGCUCCUUUUUGUUGCUUCUUAUCUUUAGUCUCGUGCUUUGAUAUGGUUGAGUUGUU